GCCACUGAAAGCAACAUGACGUUGCUCUGGGAGCUGCCAUCGAUAAGAUGGUUCAUGAUCCUGAUACUAUAUAUCCUGGUUUUGGAUUAUAGCCUGGCUUAUCCGCAGCAGCAGCAGUUUUUCCUAGCCGAGGAUUUGAUAACAGAAACGGGAACGGGAACGGGCGCAGGCGCAGAUCCUUUGAUACCCGUCAAUGAUCCUUCGGAUCUUAGUGCUGGCUUGAAUUUGGCACCUGUUGGAAAUUUAAUAGCUGCCGCUGCAAUCGCCGUGCCUCCUGCCCCUGUUCAAUUUAUACGCACGGCCAUGAACAGUGGCCUUUAA